AUGACCGACAGCCCCAAGUGUCAAAAUCUUCAGCAGAUACUGGAUCGAAACCCAGAUUUUACUAAUGAUACCCCUCUAGAUCAAUUUUUCAGCGCCUUCAACUCGCAAUUCAUUUCUAAGAUUACCGAUGAUUCUAAUGCACCGCUAUAUGCAGAGGUUGGGUUCUGCAAUAAUAGCGAUUUUGUAACUAGCCUGCUAGAGUGGCUAGAUCAGCUGAAGGAUAUCCUGCUAGAAAUACCCACGGAUAAUGAAUCCGCUAACCUCGUUCCGAUUUCACUUCACGACAUGAAGUAUUUUGAUCUUUUGAUUAACUUAAUAGUGGUACACGGAUUCUACGCCAACCUGCCAUCUGGAAUCGGAAUUCCUCUGAACCAGAGAAGAAUUGAAAAUUUUAGACUGGUGGACAAGAGGUUUGAGAUCCCGAAAGCUCACAAGGCCAACCAUGACACACUAAGCCGCGCAAGCGAUGCCUUUUAUACAACUUUGAUGUCAGCACCUCUAAGGAAGAACGUCGUUGGAAGUCUGUUACUCAAAGGAGCUGGCUUCACAGAUCUACUUACUGCCUUAAUUGUCUUACAUUUUGAAAAACGAGAAGACCAACAAAGGUACUCUGUCAUGUUCCAAAACGCCGAGUCGUUGCAAGAAACCUAUCAACUCUUUUCACUCUACACUUUGUUAGUGCACACAACUAAAAAUCCUCAGUAUCGCGAAUUUGUUCUUUCUAAACUCUCUACUUUGCCUGUAAGAAGAAACAACGGUGUUAUAAGCUUAAUCGACUUUGUAGUCGGAGUCCGUGAAGAUGCAGAAAUUGACACCAGCAGAUAUAAUCGCGUUAGCCAAAUUCUUGUCAGCAAACCAAGAUCCCUGAGCAGUCCCGAUUAUUUUUCGAAACUGUUUGAUCAAAUUUGUGACGGACUUAUCUUCAUAAACAAGCCAAUCCUUGUUAGCUGUCUGAAUAUACUGGUGACCGAGUUCUACUUCAAGAACAAACGAAUAGUCCAAGAUUUUCUCUUCAGGAAGAUAAACAAGGUGCUCUACAACGAGCCUCGGCAAGAACACUCUUCCAAAGAAUUGAAUAAUACAAUAAAUGUGCUCGUAUCGCUUUCCAAAAAUCCUAGUGUAAACUUGACAAAGAGCUUGACCACGUCUGGUUCCAAUAACUUUUAUCUCACCUUGUGGAUCUAUUGCAUGUUUCUAAAGAAAAAUCAGCGCUUGCAGCCACAAAGCGACUCAAAAAAUUCCGCUGCACCAUACUACACCGUGGUCCUAUCUCUUUUGAAAACUUACAUCGUUAUCAACUCUGACUAUAGUGCUUUGAAUGUUAUAAUCAUGAAUUUAGUUAAUUUUGAUCACGAAACUUGGGGUUAUGGGAUCAAUCUCGAGAACCAGCUUCCUUACGUGAGGCUCAUUGAUCAGCGCAGCAUCGAUGAAGAGCCGAACCCGUUGCAUAUCGGUAAUGAUGAAAAAUUACGAAAGGUUCAGCAAGUGUUCUUAGACAUCGACCACGCAGUAGAGCUCUUUGUAGAGCUCUUAAAAGCACUAAAUGAACCAGACGUGGUAAAAGACAUUUUCCUGUCCGUUAUGAACCGUUGGGUUAACAGCACAACCAAAUCGAACCAAUCCGGAGAAUCAAUGUUUGCAGAAGAUUUUCAGAAUAGCUUGCUAGUACUCGUGGACCUCAAACUUAUGGAGAAAUUGGACGACACUUUCAAGAACGAUAUCAUCAGAAAGCCUAAGGACGUACUGAAGAUGAUCGACGAACUGUUCGAGCUCCCUGAGGAUAAUGAAGACGCGGCUGGGUAUCAUGAAGACUCAGACGACGAUGAAGACGAAGACGACAAAGUAGGCGAAGAAGACGAAUUAUUACAAAAUCCUAGAGCCACAAGUGUUUAUUUGACACUACUUAAAUUGUUGUCAAGUAUAUUGUCUACAACACCAAGCAGGGAACUCAAGCUGUGUCGCGACGUCUUGGAAUCAAUACUCAGGUCACUGCAUUUGCGUAAAGAGGAUACACAGUCUCAGUCCCUGGCUACCAAGAUUCAGGACUUGUUGAAAAGCAGUGAAACAAGUGCUUUAGGCGGCCAGUUUGCUCAGGAUUACAAUGAGCUAGACGCGGACAAUGAGUUCCUGCAAAAAGCAAUGGUAAAUAUUAACGACGCACUGGCACCAAUUAGAGCACACGGCUUGUACGAACUCCGCCAAUUAAUCGAACGAAAGUCCCCGGUAAUCGACCUCAAUUAUGUUUUGGAGCUGCAUGCGCAACAGUUACGCGACAAGGAGCCGUUCGUUUACCUUAAUGCGAUCAAAGGCCUUACUGCGUUGUGUGAGCUAGAGCCGGAUCGGACUGUGCUUUUUUUGCUAGGUCUUUACGGAGGCAAAGAUCCGCAAUCAAGAAACAAGCUGUCGUUAGACGACGAAUUAAAGGUUGGUGAGGUUCUAGCAAACUAUGUGAAGCCACAGAGCCUAAUGUUUGGUGGGGCCAAUGCCCGCCUGAUUGUUGCAGCAUGCGUAACGAAGGUACGGCAGCACGAGACUCUCGACAACCGCGCACGAAUGUCGGCCAUGUCUUUGCUAGGCGUUUGCCUAGAAACUAAUGCCCUGGGGAUCCGCAAAGAACUGUCCGAUAUUUUGGACUGCGCCGUCAACAUUUUAAGACUUGAAAAAUCUCGGAACGCCAGCGACGACUCCGAAGACUCGUCCCAACUGCUGAGACGUAGUGCCCUACAUCUUUUGCACGCUCUGCUCGCGCAUUCUGGGCUCGAACUUCUGCCCGCAAAUUACUCAGCCGCCCAACUAACUAGCCUACUAAACUACGUGAGAUCCACCGAUGCUGACUACCUCGUUUACGAACAAGCAGGCGCUUUGCUUCAAGAAAUUCAUGCGCUACAAAAUCAUACCGUAGUACCUCCGUCAACCGCUCAGCUGGGAAUAUAG